AUAUUAUGAUGCAAAACGUAGACUAAAAUUUUCGUUGAGUGGCGGUUGGUCGAUCACUCGUAAACAGUUGUAUUCGUGUCGGUUGUUUGAAACAAAUAAUAACUCAAUAAACCAAAGCGGCUCGCGCGGGCUGUUUGCGCGUGUUUACUAAAGCGCCCUCGAAGUAUGCGCAGAUGAGCGUCAGAUAGGCCCGAUUCUACCCAGUUCCGUGCAACUGGCUGCGGCUAAUCGGCGCAGAAGCUUUAAUUAUAUAUAGGGCUAGUCUUUUAUAAACAAACGGCAAGAUGCGCUCGUGGAUCUGUGUAAUUACCAGGAAAGCAGCUUAGUGGCUCUUUUCCUCUCUGCUAAGCGUAUUGGCGCAGCUCAGGCGGCCUUUUCCUUCUGUCCUUAUCCGCGUUUAAGGUUCUUACGAGACCCUUAAGCAGUUGCCCCAUAAGUGACUGAGCCGAUUUGAAGAUAAGAGGAGCAGCAGAUCCGCAGGAACCCGGAUAACCCGAGAGAGGAGGCCCAAUACACCGAGGAAUGAAUGAACCCACGCGAGGAACGAUAGACAUGACGUCUGACAUCAGUUUCACUUUCAAGAUGUUGUUUUUUAUUUUUUUCUGAAUCUUUAUCAUUAUUUGUACGGGCUAAUAAACUAAAUGAUUUACAUUAGAAACAAAUGGCAUUAGUAUUGCCAGGCAUUUUAAGUAUUUAAUGUAAUUAACAAUUAUUAAUUUUGUUACCGUGAAAAUAUUUCCUAAUUUUAAUUUCACAUUUUCAAAUUUCGUGAAAGCAAUUUUUUCUUCAACAUUUGUAUUACUUUUUUUUUUUUUUUCGCCCACCUGUUUUUUGCCAUCUAAAUAAUUGAAACCGACGCAUUGGAAACGGUUAUGUAUACAUUUUUCACUCACUCCAUCUCUCUCUUUGACUGUCAGGCUUCCAGGGAUGGAGUCGAUGCCCGGCCAGCAGCUUCGAGACGCUGGACGAGAGGCCAGCUCUUCCCCCAGUUCAAAGCACGACGCAGCGAGCUUCUCCGGCCCCAGCCCCCUCAAACCGAACCAAGUGAGUGAGACCGCCCUGUACGGGGUGCCCAUCGUAUGUCUGGUCAUAGACGGCAAGGAGAGACUCUGCCUGGCGCAGAUUUCUAACACGCUGCUGAAGAACUACAGCUACAACGAGAUACACAACCGCCGGGUCGCCUUGGGCAUCACCUGCGUGCAGUGCACCCCCGUUCAGCUGGAGCUCCUGCGGCGCGCCGGGGCCAUGCCCAUCUCCUCCAGGCGUUGCGGCAUGAUCACCAAGCGGGAGGCCGAGAGGCUCUGCAAGUCCUUCCUGGGAGCGCACAGCCCCCCGAAGCUACCGGAAAAUUUCGCCUUUGACGUGACCCACGAUUGCGCCUGGGGCUCCAGGGGCAGCUUCAUACCCGCCAGAUACAACAGCUCCAGAGCAAAGUGCAUCAAGUGCAGCUUUUGCAACAUGUAUUUCUCCCCGAAUAAAUUCAUCUUCCACUCUCAUCGCACCUCGGAGUCCAAGUAUCUCCAGCCGGACGCGGCCAACUUCAACUCGUGGAGACGCCACCUGAAACUGACGGACAAAAAACAAUCCGACGACAUUCACCACGCGUGGGAGGAUGUAAAGGCCAUGUUCAACGGGGGGAGCAGGAAGAGGACUCUGCCCAUGAGCGGGUCGGGGAUGUCCUCGUCGAUGAAGUCGCAGGCCUCGUCCAGCUUGGCCCAAACCAGCUCGCCCGAAAUCCCUCACAAGACUUUACGCUGCGACGAGGAUCGGAGAAAUAACAAUAACCUGAGUUUGGCGAGCGGCGCGCGCACCUACCCGGUCAUCCCGGUGCCCAGCAAGAACUUCGGCAUGCUGCAGAAAAUCCCCCCGCCCCUGUUCCCGCAUCACCCCUACGGCUUCCCCAGCUACGGGCUGUGUCAGAAAAAGAGCGACAUCGUGCCCGAUGCGAACAAAACCGGUGUCCCCGGCGUGUUCUGGCCCGGCGCGAAGGACGCCCUGUACCCCGCCUUCCCCAUGUUUUGGCCCACAGCUGGCGGCCUACCGAUUCCGCCCUACUCGGCCUCUCCGCCCAAACCCCUCCCGGAGCUGCUGCCAGGCGUCGUCCGGCAGGCAGACGUCGACCUGUCGGACCAAAGCGACCGCGGCGGCAGCAGCACGCCCAAAGACACCAACCACCACCCGCACCACCAGCAGGACGGCGCAGAGCGCUGCUCCAGCUCCCAGUCCUCCUCCGCGAGAAACGACGAGGACAAGUCCGGGGACGAGGCCCCGCAGAGGAAAAUCAGCUACAUCUCGGCCUUCAGGCCCGUGGUGAAAGACGCGGAGACCAUCGCCAAACUCUACGGCAACCGGGACGGCUACGGCGCGCGCCCCGGUUACCUGUCCCCGGAUUUUAUCAGCGAGAGCUCCAGUUACAGAUCGGUGUCGCCAGGCAGAGACAGCGUGGUGGACGACGACGACGACGACGACCCGGACGUAGACGUGGAGUCCAAUCGGGGACAAGACGAGGAGGAAGUGAUCCAGAUUUCCCCGGGAGGGGGCCACAAUGACUCCCCCCUGGCGGACCGGGUCUCCUCUGGUGCUGAGGAGAGCCAGGAGCCGCCGGAUAACUCCAGCCCGGGACCAGCAGCAGCAGCAGCAUCACCGGGGGACUCCGUGCACACCGGGUCAUCAGAUGAGGACAGACAGAUGCGUAAUGGCUCUCCUCUUCAUGAAGUGUACCCUCAUGAAAAGGACCGCCACGUGCUCCCGAACGCGCCUUCGCCGUUCGGCUCGAGACACUCGAGCACAUCCAACGGUUUCCAUCACGUGUCUGAACCCCAGAACCAACGCAACGCGACGUCCUACCAGCAGCACAAGGACCGACCAGCCGAUGGAGCUUUACGCAUCGACAUCAGCUUGCAUGAAAGAGACCUGGAGACCAUGGCUAAAGAGGAAUUGCAGAAGCAGCUCGCGGAACAAGUGGAGUUGAGGAAAAAGUUGGAGAGAGAAUUUCAGCAUUUAAAAGAUAAUUUUCAGGACCAAAUGAAGCGUGAGCUGUCCUACAGAGAGGAAAUGGUCCAGCAGCUGCAGAUUGUUCGAGACACUUUGUGCAGCGAGUUGGACCAAGAGAGAAAGGCUCGUUAUGCAAUACAGCAGAAGCUAAAAGGUAAUUUAAUCCAAUCCAAAAGAGGAACACGCAUGUCAUUUUGUGCCUUCAAACAUAAAUAUGCAAGUGCUACUUUUUUUUUUAAUAGUCAAACAUCCUCUGUGAUCAAUAUAUUUUGCGCUAAGACACCAUUGAAGGAAAAGUCCACCUUUUCUCAAGGCUGUCUGAAAGCGACGCUCACAUGCUCAUAAUUGUGUUUAGUUGUUAUUCUCCUCCCAUGUACUUUCUGUCCAUUCACAGGGAUCGCUUGUUUUGAGCAUCUUUACUAGUGAAGGGGAAAUCCACAUCUGUUAUUAAAAAAAGAUAAUUUGAGGUUUCAGCAGGCUGAUUGAAUUGAAUGUUUCAGUCUUUUUAUACAAAACAAAGGAAACAUUGUCACUAACAACGAACACAAGAACUCUAAACACGGUCCAAAAUAAAUAAACUAGUGGAAACCACUGAUAUCACUAAAAUGUUUUUUUGAAGCAGGAUGUGAUGAAGUGCAAUGGAAUAUCAUGACGUUUAUGAGACAUGUGACCUGGAGGUCCACAAAUGGGCCAUAAAUUCUAUAAUGACAAUUAUAUUGCAUGUAACAAAUCUAUAUUCCCCUGUAAUAUAUAUAUACACACCGUACGACUGGAUAAUAUAAGUAUGUGAUAUUAUACUUUUUUAGUUUGACACCCAGACGAGGGCAGAGAUACGUGACUUUAUAACGUAAGAAUAAUCUAAAGAGUCAAUGUGAGUAUUGUUUUAAGGGAAAAUGUUGCGCCUAUACUAUAACAUUAGAUCAAAUGAAAGACGUUCACCUGUAACCUGAACAUGACCGAGUGAGAGAGCGAGUGAGAGAGUGUGUGUCUGUCUGCGUGUGUGUUUGUGUGUGUGCGUCUUCUCACUGAUGGACUCGUUCCU